CGCUUGCAGGAGGGCGUUUGUUUAUAGUUAUUAAUCGAACUGAUAUGUGUGUGUGUACAAGUAGACACAUGUCUUACAGAUACUUUCUUCUACAAGAAGGAAAGAGGAAACCCUAGCUGAGAGCAAAUUGAAAUAAUACCGAAAAUUAACCCACUGAUGUCCGGGGUACCCACACGCUUUCUUGGAGAGCAGAUCAGUUAAAGUCUGCAUGAAAGUCAACGACGCACAGGAAACAUGGUGGUUCUCAAAAUCCGGGACCAGCCUUCACUGCUGAAAGCUAUAUUUAAUGUGGAUCCUGAUGAGGUGCGCUCGCUCAUAUUCAAGAAGGAAGAUGUCAACGUGCAGGACAAUGAGAAGAGGACUCCUCUGCAUGCGGCUGCCUACCUGGGAGAUGCGGAGAUCAUCGAGUUGCUGAUUCUCUCAGGAGCAAGAGUAAAUGCCAAAGAUAACAAGUGGCUGACCCCUCUGCACCGAGCCGUGGCCUCCUGCAGUGAGGAGGCCGUGCAGGUGCUGCUGAAGCACUCUGCGGACGUCAACGCGCGGGACAAGAACUGGCAGACGCCGCUCCACAUCGCCGCCGCCAACAAGGCCGUGCGCUGCGCCGAGGCCCUCGUGCCGCUGCUCAGCAACGUCAACGUGUCGGACCGGGCUGGCCGCACCGCUCUACACCAUGCCGCCUUCAGCGGGCACGUGGAGAUGGUGAAGCUGUUACUGUCCAGAGGGGCGAACAUCAAUGCUUUCGAUAAGAAGGACAGAAGAGCCAUUCACUGGGCGGCCUAUAUGGGUCACAUGGAGGUGGUGAAGCUGCUGGUGUCGCACGGUGCAGAGGUGGCCUGCAAGGACAAGAAGGCCUACACGCCCCUCCACGCUGCCGCCUCCAGCGGCAUGAUCAGCGUCGUCAAGUACCUGCUGGACCUGGGCGUGGAUAUAAACGAGCCGAACGCGUACGGGAACACGCCGCUGCACGUGGCCUGCUACAACGGGCAGGACGUGGUGGUGAAUGAGCUCAUCGAGUCGGGCGCCAACGUAAACCAGGUGAACGAAAAGGGCUUCGCCCCUCUGCACUUCACUGCCGCCUCGCGCCACGGUGCCCUCUGCCUCGAGCUGCUCGUGGGCAACGGCGCCGACGUCAACAUCAAGAGCAAAGAUGGUAAAACCCCUCUCCACAUGGCUGCCAUCCAUGGCCGGUUCUCGCGAUCUCAGGCUGUCAUUCAAAGCGGGGCGGAAAUUGACUGUGAAGACAAGAACGGAAACUCUCCGCUGCACAUCGCUGCUCGCUACGGCCACGAGCUGCUCAUCAACACGCUCAUCACCAACGGCGCCGACACCGCCAAGCGGGGCAUUCACGGCAUGUUCCCCCUGCACCUGGCAGCGCUCAGCGGCUUCUCCGACUGCUGCAGGAAGCUCCUGUCAUCCAACUUUGACAUCGACACCCCUGACGACUUUGGGAGGACGUGUUUACACGCUGCGGCAGCAGGGGGGAACCUGGAGUGUUUAAAUCUCCUGCUCAACACCGGAGCAGACUUCAACAGGAAGGACCGAUUUGGGAGGACGCCCUUGCACUAUGCGGCGGCGAACUGUAAUUAUCAGUGCCUGUUUGCCCUGGUGGGGUCGGGGGCCAGUGUGAAUGACCUGGACGAGCGGGGCUGCACCCCACUGCACUACGCUGCCGCCUCCGACACCGAUGGGAAAUGUCUGGAGUACCUGCUGCGGAACGACGCUAACCCAGCGAUCCGGGACAAGCAGGGCUACAACGCAGUGCACUACGCCUCCGCCUACGGCCACCGCCUCUGCCUUGAGCUGAUUGCCAGUGAAACACCACUGGAUGUGCUGAUGGAGACAUCAGGGACGGACAUCCUGAACGACACAGAUGGCCGAGCUCCCAUCAGCCCACUGCACUUAGCGGCCUACCACGGGCACCACCAGGCCCUGGAGGUUCUGGUCCAGUCUCUGCUGGACCUGGAUGUGCGCACGUCUCUGGGUCACACGCCACUGGUGCUGGCUGCCCUCAAGGGCCACGUGGAGUGUGUGGACGUCCUCAUCAACCAGGGCGCCUCCAUCCUCGUCAAGGACUACACCCAGAAGAGGACCCCCAUCCACGCAGCAGCCAUGAAUGGCCACUCGGAGUGUCUACGUCUGCUCAUCGGCAGUGCUGAUCUGCAGACCGCUGUCGACAUUCAGGAUGGGAAUGGACAGACGCCACUGAUGCUGUCGGUGCUGAGCGGCCACACGGACUGCGUCUACUCGCUGCUCGGCAAAGGGGCCAACGUGGAGGCCCGGGACAAGUGGGGCAGGACCGCCCUCCACCGCGGGGCGGUGACGGGGCACGAGGCGUGCGUGGAGGCGUUGCUGCAGCACAGCGCCACUCUGCUGGUCAGGGACUGUAGGGGGCGCACUCCCCUGCACCUGGCGGCGUCCUGCGGCCACAUCGGCGUGCUCGGGGGCCUCCUGCAGGCAGCACAGUCGCUGGACGCCAUCCCUGUUGUCACGGACAACCGAGGCUACACGCCGCUGCACUGGGCCUGCUACAACGGCCAUGACACUUGUGUGGAGAUGCUACUGGAGCAGGAUGUGUUCCACAAAAUGGAGGGCAACUCCUUCAGUCCACUGCACUGUGCCGUUAUAAAUGAUAAUGAGGGGGCAGCGGAGAUGCUCAUCGACACACUCGGUCCAGCCAUCGUCAACGCCACCGACUCCAAAUCCAGAACCCCUCUGCACGCGGCGUCCUUCACGGACCACGUGGAGUGCUUGCAGCUGCUGCUGGGACACAACGCACAGGUGAACGCCAUCGACGCCAUGGGCAAGACGCCGCUCAUGAUGGCCGCCGAGAACGGGCAGACCAACGCCGUGGAGGUCCUGGUGAGCAGCGCCAAAGCAGACCUCACUCUACAGGAUGGCAACAAGAACACAGCCCUGCACCUGGCCUGCAGCAAGGGGCAUGAAACCAGUGCCUUGUUGAUUCUGGAGAAAAUCACUGACCGGAAUCUCAUCAACUCAACCAACGCAGCACUACAGACGCCACUGCAUGUGGCGGCCAGGAACGGGCUAACGGUGGUGGUGCAGGAGCUGUUAGGGAAAGGAGCCAGCGUGCUGGCAGUGGACGAGAACGGUUAUACCCCUGCGCUGGCCUGUGCGCCCAACAAAGACGUGGCCGACUGCCUGGCGCUGAUUCUGGCCACCAUGAUGCCCGUGUCGCCUGGCAGCGUGGGCGCUGUGCCCGGCCUGACCUACAGCGCCAUCAACCACUACCCCAGCCCCUCCAAGGCCGUGACCUUUGACCCGCUGCCGGCACUGCGCUCAGAGCACGCGUCUUACUGCAGCUUCAACAGCCUGGGCCACCGCGAGGACGGCAUGCUCGCCCCUGACGACGAGCUCAACGACUCUGACUCGGAGACCUACUGAACCCCCUUCCCCCGCCUCAAGCGCGCGCGUGCGCCUUGUUGACUGACUUGACUCCUUUAAAAAAAUAAAUAAAGUAAACAUAAAUAAAUAAUUAAAUGAA